AUGGGAGAUGGGGAGGAUUCAGCCAGGCAGAUAUUGGAAAAUGAGAGAAUGAGAAUUUUGCGAGAGUUAGCCGAAAUGGAAAGUGAAGAGGAUGAAGAAGAUAAUGAUGAUGAUGAUGAAAUUUCGCCCCCACCUCCACCACCACCAGAAGAAGAAAUGUUAACUGAAAUUUCUUCGACAUCUAGUUCAUCUGAUAAUGUGAUGUAGGUUUUUUUUUCCGAAAAAUGAUUUUCACGUGGCCUAGUUUUUUUUUCAAUCUGUCAAAAAAUUCAUUUUUUCAAAAAAAAAAAAAUCAUUUUCAGAAAUACAAGUGAUGAAGUACAGCCAAACGAAACUGAAUUUGUGAUAGAAAAGGAGGCUCCUGUGAAAUGUCCAUUUUCCGCAUCGGAAAAUCAACCAAAAAUCGAGCAAGAUGAAAACGAAUUCGAAGCCGAGUUAGAAGAACUUAUCGAGAAAGGAGGAGAGGUUGAGGAUGAAAAUAGUAGUCGAAAAGUCUGGAAGACAGUGCUAGAAAAAAUAGAUCAUGAUAGAUUCAAUCCAUUGCCUGCUGAUUGGGCAAUGGUUACUCAUGCUAGUGGAAUGCCUGUAUAUUUACACAAACCAACUCGAGUUAUUACAUUAACUAGACCUUAUAAAGUUGAGGGUGCUAUUCGCAGUCAUCUAAUACCAAUUUCUUCUGUUCCAUGUUUAUAUCGUCAAAAACUUGAAGAAAAAGAGGAGGCGAGAAAAGAGGAGUUGGAGAAAAAAGUUAUGGAAGAAGAGAGUUCGACGGCUCAAAAAUUAGCUGCUCAUAUUUUGUCGGGAGCAAAUGCUGGCAUUGUUGAGGUAACUAUUCUUCUUUUUUGCAGAUAUAUAUUUCAUUCCGCAACUCAAACCCAGGUUUUCGGUGUUUUCAGUUUAUUUUUCGCAAAAACUUUUCUGAAUUCACCCAAUACUUUAGUUUGAUUCUUGAGGCGGUCACUUUUUCUCUCAUCUCAUCGAAAUAUCUUGAAACUAGUUGGUUUGAUCAAACUUUUCUGAAUUUAUUGAAUAGAAAUGUUUGCUCACUGAUUGGUUGCUACAGAUGAUUUUGGUAUAUUUUGCCCCAAUCUCAAACAUUUUUCAGAAUCAAGAUGAUCUCUUAUUAAAACCAGAACAAUAUCAUGAAUACUGCGCAAAACGGUUCAAAUUCAAAAAAAUCCUUGUUAAUCGUUAUAAUAGCUGUGAAGAGAAAUUUGAGGCAAAGAAAACUCGUAGAUUGGAUAAUGUUUUAGCGCGAGCAGGAUUCAAGGGAAAAUAUGAGGAUAUGAAAAAAGAUAAAGAUGAACAUGAAUUAUUGAUAACUGCACCAAGUGGAGCUGUAUUAAUUGAUGUUACACCUUAUGAUCAUCGUAGAUAUGCGAAUAAAAAACCAUUUUUAUUGAAUCCUGUUGGUCGAACUACAGUAACCGUUCUGAAUGAAUUUAUGCAAAGAUUGGUGAAGGGAAAAAUUGAAUAUGAAUGUGAUGAUAAUCGAAGUGUAACUUGUCCAUAUAAAGCAACUGCCUGGUUAACUAUGAAAACAUCUGCAAUUAUUCAAACUGGUGGAAAUGCUAAAGAGAAGCUUAGUUUGCUCAGAGAGCAAGCUGAAUUAAUGGGUGCUAAUACGACUUUUGGUGUUGAUGGUGAUUCGCGAAAAUUUCCGAUUGGUAGAGGAGUUGGACAUAGUAAAAAAACAUCGAGAUUGGCGGCGGCUAGAGAUGCUUUAGGGGUAAAUUUUAUGGAAAAAUUCUAAAAAUGACCAAAAGUCAUGAAAUAGCUUUAAAGUUCACGUUUGAAAAUUCCGUUCACGUGGAAAAUAUCUAAUUUUCUUUUGUUUUCAAAAAAAGUUACCAGCGGUCGUGGAAUAAAUUUCAAGUUCUAGCUAAAAAAAAUCUCGUGUUCGUAAACAUUUCUAAGUCAAAAAUUGCGAAAAAAACCUCUAGAAUAAUAUUAUUUUUUCAGAAACUUAUUCCAUCUCUGAACGUCAACGAUACUUUUAUAUGCACCGGUGUCCAGGAAAAAUCCGAAUCAGGCGCCACGAAAAGUUAUGAUGAAGAAGCCAUGGAACUUUUCGACAAAGUUAAUAUUCUUUCGAAAAAUCUAACACAUUUAUGCAUUAAAUUCGGAAUCACCAAACCAAUGUCUUUAUUGAAAGAUGCGGUUGCCAAAUCGCUUCGUUGGAAUGGAAUGACUCUAGAAGUUCAAAAGGAUUUCGUUGGAAAUGGUGGAGAAUUAUCGAAAAUCACUCUUAUAUUAGGCGAUAUGAAAGAACAAGCUGAAGGAAAUGGUGUGAAGGCGGCAACGCAAAUCGCCGCGCAAAUGAUGUUAGCCAAACUCAACCCAGAGUUAACUUCUUAUGGAAGUUUUCUUCGAUUAUAUGGAGGAUUGGAAAGUAAAGUGGCAAAAGAUGAAGCGAAAAAACAACACGAUCAAGUAGUUCGAUUGCAAAAUCAGGGAAGUCUUCUACAACCAAAUCAUGCUGUCCUCGAAAAAUUGAAAGAAGAAAUGAGAAAAGUUGCAUUGGUUCAUCCACCACGCCAAUUUUUGUAUGGAUUAGCGAGUCAAGAAAUUCCAUUCAAUCCUCAAAUAACGAUUUCAGUUGGUGUACAAACUGAAAGAAUUUUGGCAUCGCCUCCGUCACAAUUUAUGUUGCCACCACCACCUCCUGUUCCGCAGAAUAUUUAGUGAGUUCGGAACUUUUUUUUGACCUCCAUCAGACAUGUGACAACUGAAGAAAUGGAAAUCUGAAUGUUUCCUGAUUUUUAUUACAAUUUUAAAAAUAACUUGUUUUUUCCGGAAAUCAUAAAAAUAUUUGUCUUUCAGUUAUCCACAAAUCCCACUUCCUAUCGAAGACCUUGGUCGAAAACGCCCAUUUUGCCCUGAUUCCACAAAUCUCACCACUGAGCCUCAAUCAAAACGUGAGUUUUUUCCCCAAAAAGUCAUUUUCAAAAAAUUAUUUUUAGAGGCGCCACCGUUCUCUUGA